CUCACCAAGUAGCAAGGCAAGCGAAAUUUGUCGAAGCUAACCCCAGACAUAUAUUUUUGAGGCAUUCAGACGCGCCAACGUUUGCGAAUACGCGCGCAUAAUUCAACGUCAAACAACGGUAAAGGAGCAUCAACUGUAUACGAAAUACACAUAGACUUCACAAAUCUGAACAAAAAUGGAUGACUCACGCGAGGAAAGCCAAUUUAUUGUGGAUGAUGUGAGCAAAACAAUUAAAGAGGCUAUCGAAUCAACUAUCGGUGGCAACGCAUACCAGCACGAUAAAGUAAACAACUGGACCGGCCAGGUGGUCGAAAAUUGCCUCACUGUGCUCACCAAAGAGCAGAAGCCCUACAAAUACAUUGUCACAGCCAUGAUCAUGCAAAAGAACGGCGCCGGACUGCACACGGCCAGCUCCUGCUACUGGAAUAACGACACCGACGGCAGCUGCACCGUCCGCUGGGAAAAUAAGACCAUGUACUGCAUCGUCUCGGUCUUUGGGCUGGCCGUUUAGGCCGACGCACAUCGAUCAUGAUCCAAGACACACAAAUCACUAACAACUAAGGGGGAGGGAUUAACAAGAUUGCCUUGCAUUUGUUUUGCGUCUGAAACAGAAUUCAAAUCGAUAUACUCAACAAAAACAACAAAAAAAGAAUUACUUCAGCGAACUAUUUGUUCAAGCCACAUAACAAGGAAUCUAACCAAUCUAUCACGUUACAACAACGAGCAAAGUAUUGUCAAAUUCUUAGAAUGAAACACAUGCAGCAAAAUUUCCAAUUAUUUAGCAAAAUGAAAUGUAUUUGUAUUAUUUUUUCGAGUUCUGAAUAACAAAAGUUGCACACAAAGUGUUUGAAUGUUACGUACGGUUUUUCAUUUAAAAAGUAAAUUAAAUAAAAUGUAAAAAUAAA